AUGGCUGCCGUUUGCAAAGCCUGCGAGGACCCUCUGGUCAUCAGCAUCGAGCCCGACAGCGACGACGAGGGCCAGGCCGGCGAGGAGCCUCAAAAUGUUCCCGAUGACCUCGAGCUGCCCUGCGGAUGCCACUUUCACUGGCAAUGUAUUCUCGACCAGUCCGCCGAGAUAGCAAUCUCCCUCAACUGCCCGUCCUGCCAGAAACACCUGCCGACGAACCAGCAGGGCCCUUCCGUCACAAACCCCUUCCUGUCUACCCCCUCCGGCGCCGCCAUCCUGACCCGCUACGUCAACGAGGGCGGCCUGCAGGACGCUCUGGACAUCCUGCCCAGCAUCACCGAGGAGGCCUACCUGGCCGCCAACCCGGACGCCCGUCCCGCCCGCGCCUACCACCUCAUGUGCUCCGAGGGCGACGUCCAGGGCAUCGUCGAGCUGCUGCAAGACGCCAACGAGGAGCUUGCCGGCGACAUUGCCCAGCUCGGUCGCCUGAUCCGCUACCAGGACCCCUUGGCCGGGGGAAAGAGCGCCCUUCACGUCGCCGUCGAGAAGGCGCAGGAGGAGGUCGUCUGGCUGCUCCUCUGGAUCGCCUCCCCGGUGCCCACCGACGUCUUUCCCCAGUCGGCGCGGCAGGCGGCCGAGGCUCUGCAGAUCGUCCGCCUGACCAACGACAACGCCGAGGACAUCCGGGCGCUGCGCACUGAAGGUGGCCGGACGGCAGAGGACAUCGCCAAGACGAUGCCCGAUCGCUGGGCUGCGCUUGUCGACGCUGGCAUCCUGCGUUCAUAG